AUGAAUGGAAAUUAUAAUAUGAACUUUUAGGAUGAUUCUGUACAAUAAUACGUGCAUUAUUUCUCUAAGAUUAAUAAAGCGAAAUUGUUCUACUUCAGGAUUGUUCCAAAAAUGCUGAAUAGUUUUCUGCGAAGCAAAGCAAUUUCAAUUGGACUUUUAAUAUUAAACACAUUAUAAGAAUCUAGUUUAGUAAUUAUUGCAAACACUGACUUUGAGGAUUCAGAAUAAAGCUAUACAAACGAUAUUAUCAACAGUUUAGAUUAUUUUAAUUUUAAAUACGAUACAUAAAACUCAUUUAGUAACUUCACAAAAUAUUCUGUCUUUUACUUCUCUUUCAUCUACAAUUCUUUGCUGAUAUUAUUAAUGAGUAUAGCAUGCUUAAUUUAUAGACACAAUCAAUACAGAUCGCAUGAUAUAAAAGGAUUUUGUUAUUUUUAUUCCCUUGCUGUUAAGAUAUACAACUAUUUAUUUUAUAUACCUUUUUUGUUUAACAGUAUCGAAAUAAUUCAAAAUUCAGACUUUAGUUCGAUUAGUUACUUAGGAUAUAUAAAUGCAAUUUUUACUAUUUUUAUAGGGAUUAUAUUAAAUUAUCAUGAUUUUGAUUAUACCUUUGUAGUAAAAGAUUUUCUAUCAAGACGAGAAAGUAAAUAUGAUAUAGGUAGAUAGUUGUUUAUGAGUUUAGUUAUUAUUUUAAAUUAUGUUAUGAAUUAAAAAUUGCAGAGUAUAACAAUGUUUAUCUACUCUAUAGUAAAACUAAUCAUUUAUCAUAAAGAAUUUCUCUACACUCAUGAAGAUAUUUCAUUUAUUUAUUAAACUCUCAAUUCUAUACUAGCGUCUUUCUCAAUUGUUAUUCUAGUAUACUUUAAUAUUACUUCAGAUAACCCUUUCCUUUUAAUGAUUGUAUGUUCUCCUCUAUGCUAUAAACUCUGUAUGUUUAAGUAGUAAAAGAUAUUUAGUAAUAUUUUUUAUGAAUGCAUUGGUAAAACUAACUUAAACCAUAUUCCAUUACUCCAUCUUGAUAUAUAUGUCAGACAGCUUAAAAAAAAUUUGAAUUUCUUCUAUGAAGACUACAUAGAGAAAGGUUAGGCUCUCAUAUUUGAAAAUAUAUAUAUUAAUCAUACACUAGAGUGUGAGAUUAAUUCAUACAAAUGCUUCUGCUUCGAAUUCAAAAGAGAUGAAGAUACUUUCAAUUUAGAAGAAUAUAUUGGCUAGGAAUAUAGAAGAAAAUAUGUUAUUUUUUAUGUGGUAGAUCUAUUUGAGAAAUUUAUUGAUAACAAAAUUAAAAAGAAACAGCAUACUUCAAGUGCUAUGUUUGCUUAUAUUAGUUUUGUUACUGAAAUUAUGAAAAUUUCCACUAAAUCCUUCAGUGAGAUUUAUUCCUACUAAUCUAAGCUAAUAAAGAUUGGGGCAUCUAUGCAUGAUAUGUAUUAUACAUAGAUAUUAUUGACUCGUUGUAAUCAUUAAUUUUAGCAGUUUUUUAAAAAUGCUGUCAUUUAAAACUAAAGACUCUAUAUGAUGUCUAUGGUUGUUUUUGAUGAGUAAUUUGAUGAUUUUAAGAAAAAAUUACACUCUUAUUUGAUAAAAAUAGCUGAAUUUUUUGAUUAUUUGUGUAGCAACUUUCUUGAUUUAAAAGAAUUAGAAUAGAAAAGUAAAAAACUCUAUGAUGAUAAUUAGCAAAUACUUUCUCUCAUAAAGCUUCUAUAUGAUUUGAACCCAGAAAGCAAAUAAUUAAAUUUUCUCACUACAAUUUACAAUUCUGUCCUCGAUUUUGAAAACAGAAAAAUUACCGAAUUGAUUAAAAAGUCAAAAAGAUUACCAAGCUAAAAUCUCUUGCCAUCUGAAAAAUUCAUUAAAGUCUUUACAAAAAGCUCUUGCGUCGUCUACGCCUCAUUAAACACUAUUGAUGGCAAAAUUACGAAGGUUUCCAAAUCAUUUAAAGAAGUCUAUGACAUUGAUAAUAAAGUAAUACUGGGUAAAACAAUCAACUAGCUAAUACCUAAAGGAUUGUAUGGAGCUCAUGAUGAUUUCAUGAAAAAUUUUAGAAACAAAGGAACAAUGAAUGUUAUAAAAAUUGGUGAAAGACUUGUGUUUGGCCUGAAUGGUAGAGGUUUUAUUAUUCCAUUAAUGAUCAGGUUAAAGCUAGAAAAUAUGUUUGGAGAAUUUGGAGUCUGCUCUCAUCUUCGUAAAGUUAAUCAAGAAAAAGAUUAUUUGUUUUUUAGUAACGAAGGAAAUAUUUUGGAUAUAUCUGAAAAUCUUUUCAAAACUGUAUUUUAGCAAAUGAUUUCAUUGAAUGACUUAAGGCUUUUGAAUAUGAAUCAUAUUAUUCCUAUUAUUUUUGGUAUUCAGAAAUUAGAAUAGUUUGAAGAGACAUUUUAUAGUAUUUUGGUGGUAAAAAAACAUUCUAAUAGCAAAAGGCUUUAACAAACACACACUGCUGUAGAUUCAUUGUAGAUGAUUGAAAAAAUUGUGAAUAAUAUAAAACCAUCUGAUAUUAUUUAUAAUAUAGCAUUUAAAAUGAGUUUAAUUCCUACUUCGUUACAUGUUACUUUUAAAUUUAUAGAGAUCACUUCCUUUCAAAAAGAAAGUGUAAAAAGAAAAAAAAUAGACAGUAUUAAUUAGCUAAAAUAGUGUAUAUAAAUUUUUACUGAUUUUGAGAAGGAGGACGUCAUAAAUCAUGAACUUUUAAGUACUAAGCUUAAAAAUGAUGGCUAACAGAAAUUUUAUAUGAAUAAUGAUGAGCUAACAGAAGUUUAAAGUUCUAAUAGUUAAAGCUAAGCUUAUUCUAUAAAUUAAUAAGGAACUAUACUUACUGAUAGUAAAUAGUUGUAACAUGCAUAGAGUAUUUUUAAGUAGCAGCAGCUAAGAAUACCACUAGAAAAGAAUGAAGUAGAUCAGAUUUUAUCUCCCAUAGCAAAACAGAGCACUAUGAUAAUUCCUAUAGAUAUGCCUGAAAGGCAUAUAGUUCAGGAAGGUAAUGGAUUAAAUUAAUCAACUGAAAUUUAAACUAGAAGAGAAACAGUCGGGGCGAUUUUAGAAAAUAAGUAAGAGCAUGACCAAAACUCUUUAAUAUAAAAGUAUUAAUCUGAUAUAACUUAUCCUUCUCCAAGAUAUCAGCAUGAAUUUAAUUUUCAGCCAAAAGAUAUGUACAAUAUGCUGUCUCCAAAGGAAUCUCACAGGAGUUUGAUAUCACCAAGAUCUUAAUUUGAAGAAAUUAAUUUAAAUAGAGGUUUAAAGCAAAUAGAUUAUAAUUUACUAGUAAAAAUAAGACCAGAAACAAGAAUAAGUAGCUUGAAGAAAAUAGAAUAGAUACCUGAAACUGAUAAUAUUUAAGAAAAUCAAAGUGAUUUUAUGAAGGAACAACAAAACUCAUACAAGCAGAUUAUUUUUAAUUAGCUAAACUAACAAUAAAAAAUUUAAAGAGUUAAAGCACAUGAAAAAAGUAUAACUAAUUCACAAUACACAUUAAAAAACUACAAUGACAGCAUGAAGUAGAUUUAAAGUAAAGCCUAAAUAGAAGAGGAAGCACAAAAAGUAAUAAAAUAGAAUAAGAAAGACAAGGAAGAAAAUUCAAAAAGUUCUAAAUUUUCUUCGAAUAGUAUCAUCCAAGACGAAAAUGAAGCCAAAAAAGAGGAGCAGCAUGAAAUAUCGAGCUUGAGAUCGAGUAACUAUAGCAUUUAAGAAUAAAAGAAAAGGCUAAUAAUAAAGAAAAUAUAUUCUAAGCAAGACACUGGUGGACUCAAGUUCUUUAUUUUUACAGGGAUUGCCUCUUUUUCAUUACUGCUGAUAUUGACUAUCGUCUAAUUCUAACAAAUUAACUCUACUUUUACUCUAUAUAAUACAAAUUUUAAUACUUUAGAUUUAUUUAAUAGUGCAUUAUUUGAUAUUCUUAGAUCACUAUCUAAUGAAUCAUACACACUGCUACUAAAAUUAAGUUUAAACUUAUUUUAGCCCGAUAUAUAACAGUCUGAAUAUACAAUAGCUCAAAAAGACUUUAAGGGCUAUUCUCAAAAUUUGAAAUUGCUCUAUUCAGAUAUUUAGAAUUUAGAUACCUCUCUAACAUACUAGAGCGAUCUGUAAACACCAACAUCAUUAACUGUUUUAGGAGAAGGAACUUUUUUUACAGUAUAAAUCCCUAAUUUAUAUCUUUUAGUUAACGUUGCAUCUUUAUUGAGUACGAUGUAAAAUGAUAUUUCAGACUAAAACGAUUUAAUAGAGAUUUGGACAAAUUUUAUGACUAUUUAUACCAACAUUAGCUAAUUGCAGAAGGAAGUUUAAUAAUUUGCUUAAUCUAAAUUUAACUACAUCUUAGAUAUGAUGUAUGCUAAUUUGUUUGUAUUUUUAGGUGUUAGUGUAUUUAUCUCGUUUACUUUAGUUCCACUAAGCAUACUCAUAAAGAAGCAAAAAGAAAAAAUUUUAAAACUCUUUGGCAGCUUUUCUCCUGAGAAGAUAUAGAAAUAUGUAGAUUUAAUAGAAUAUUGUUUAUUCAAUAUGGAGAUGGCAGAGUUGUCAAACUCGAAUAUUAGCAAAAUGAAUAAAGCAAUUCAUAAAAUAAAUAAGGAAAUACAAUCAAUAGCGGAAAAGUAGACAUAGGAAAAUUCCAGCAACGGAGACAAAACAAAUAAACGAAAUAAUUUUUUUCCUCGUCAAAAUGGAGUUUCGAGCAAUUAAAGACCAAGAAUUCUAAGUACUCAGAGUAACUAAAAUGGUAGCCUUAAAUCAAACCAAAUAUAAACCACAUAUAUUAAAAGACUACCACAAAAGAGAAACAGAUCUAUAGCUUCUUUCACUUCAUUACCUAAGUUGGAUAAAUUCAUAUUGCUUGUCACUCUUUUUAUUGUUUUGAUUUUGAUGAUAUUCCCAACAAUUAGUUUAGUUAUAACUAAUAAUUUUAUAAAUGAAUGCAAUGUAAUAGUAUAGCAAAGAAUAACAAUGCUAAACUUGCAAAAGUACAUGUUUAGUUCUCAAGCAAAUCAUUACUCAAUUUGGAUGUUUGCUUAUUUUGGCUAAGAUGAUGAUUUUAUUAAUAAAAUGAUUUCAUUCAAUUAUGAUUAGAUCAUGAAUUAACUGUAACCAUAAUCAAAUUAAGAAAUGGAUAGUCUUUAAUAGUUAAUAGGGUAGGAAGGAGACUUCAAUUAUGAUUCAAGUCAUUAUCAUAACUUUUUUAUAGAACUAUUGAAUGAUAAUAUUUGUUCAACAGCUGAAAUCUAUCCAUAGUACUUUAAUUAAGACAUAAAAACUAUGGUAUGUAAGAAUUACAGUUAAGGAAUUUUUAACCAAGGAUUAAUUUUAUCAAUUAAAAAGAUGAUUUAUACUUUCUCUACCUUGACUUUCUACUACAAACCUAAUUUUCUAGGCAUUCAAUAACUAGUCCCUUUUUUGAUCCAACAACAACAAUAAAAUUAUUUUAUAUCAGAUCUUAAUGAUUCUAUUCGUUAUUUGGGUUACAUUUGCGAUGGAAUGGAUAAUUUUUUAGUCAGUUAUCAAAAAAAUUACUAUAACUCUCUAUUCACUAGAUAAACUGUUAUCUUUGUAUCAUAAAUUGUAAUGAUUACCUUAGUAUAUUCAAUUACUUGGAACAUUCUUUAUAGAAGAUUAAAAAGAGACCUAACGAAGUCAAAGAAUCUUCUCACACUUUUCCAUAUUAAUUUAAUCAUGGAAAAUAACUUAUUUUUGUAAUACUUAAAAUAAAAUAAAUUUGGAGAAGGUAAUUGA